AGUUGACAAGAGAGCAGGAUCAACACCGGCGUACACCGAAUCUCUCUAAGGUGGGUGGAGUAGACACAGAGUCAAGAAUACGUCAACCACAUUGCAAGCGGUACACGCGUACAACAAAAUGGAGUGCCAGGCAGACGCUGAAGUGUAUGAUGACUGCAAAUUCUCAGACCAUAAACUACAUUCACCGACAGAGGGCGGUAAGAUAAUGACGUAUGCCUUAUCACCAUGACAGCGAAGAAGAAAAAGAAGACCGAAAUGAUGCUGUACAAUCCGAACUGCUGCAUGCUAAUAAUAAAAAUAGCCUAAAGUGGCGUUUUUACAUCUUAAUGUUGACUGUGGAAUAAACAGAUAAAGGGCAGAGCUGCGGUUCAGCAUUAAAGAAGCACCAGAGAGGUAAGUUUGGGUUCAGUUGAAAGAGGAAUACACGGAAAGGGUGUUAGCUGAUGUUAGCUAACGUGAGCUGUGACGGUUGAUGUGUGGUGAUGACAUCGCGGUGAAAUGGUUAAUUAUGUCACGUUUCAAACCAAGAGUUUGUCUGUAUUUACAAAGAAUGAACAUCUGGGUCUUCAUUAAAUACGAUCAGAUGUUUCUGUGAUGCUCUUUAAUUUUGUCAGAGAAAGUUACUUGAGGUAAAUACUUCUAUAACAAGAUAUUACAGUUAUAUUUCACCAAGGUUUGCUGUCCACGUGUUAGGGAAGCUUGAUGAUGGGAAGGACCUUAAUCACGAUUAUUUUUAUGGGUAUUUAAGUCACGAUUGUUACACGCGACUUCACUGUUACGGGUUUUUACUUACUGAAUACAAGACUUAGUAGAUCUUUACUGUACCACCAUCUGCAUUUUAUUAAGACUUCAGAUCUAAUCCAUUACUCUGUUUUUGCAAACUUUUAUUGCUUUACCAUCAAGAAUAAUGAGAAGGACAGACCAGCAGUUGUCUGCUUAUCAUCACACCCUCUUUUUCUCCUCAUGUUCAGUGAAUCAGAAUCAGAAAUACUUUAAUAAUCCCCAGGGUAAAUUGCUAUUUGUUACAGUAACUCCAGUGCAAAUAAAGUAGAAAGAGGAGAUACAUAAUCGAUAAAACAAGUAAAAACAAAGAGAUAAAUCAAUAAAAUAAGUAGAAUAAGUUAUAUCCUUAUGAUGAUGUAUCAUCAUUAAUACAAGUUGAAGUUAGUGUGUUGUUAGUGGGGAUAGGCAGAGCACACCCUCUGGUGGAGGAGGUAAAGGAGGUGCACUCCAUUCAUCAAAUGAACAGGCAACAGGAUAAUCAUUUCAUUUAGAACAUCUUGUUUUUAGGAUCAUUGACAACCAAAAUAGUGUUUGAAAUCAAAUUGCUGUCACUUGCUUUUCUCUGCCACAUGUUUUGUGUUAUGCAUCCUUCACACCUUAACAAUGAUCUCUUUUAUCCCUUGAAUGCAGGGGCAAUCUGAACUAUGGCAACUGCACAGUCUGCCAUAACGUUUGCAGUGUGCGUCCUGAUGAUAACAGAGCUGAUACUUGCCAAGAAGGACUACUAUGAUAUACUGGGAGUGCCAAAGGAUGCCACUGAAAGGCAAAUAAAAAAGGCUUUUCACAGGCUUGCAAUGAAAUACCACCCAGACAAGAACAAGAGCCCAGAUGCUGAGCUGAAGUUCAGGGAAAUUGCGGAAGGUACAGUUUUUUCCUUUAUGUUCUUUCUCUUGUAACCCUUUGUCUUAGGUAGACCUGAGAUCUUUAUUACAAAAACCAUGCCACCUAAAGAGUAUAUUCAUUUGAUUUCUUACCCUUAACUUUACUUUCUUUUUGCAGCUUAUGAAACUUUAUCGGACGAAACAAGAAGACGACAAUAUGAUCAGUUCAGUGAAAACUCUGGAUAUUUCACUGGGGAGUCACAAGGCAGACAAAGACAGGGUGCCCACCAACCUUUCAGCUUCAACUUUGAUGACAUUUUUAAGGAUUUUGACAUCCACAGUCACAACAGGCAUUCCCGUCAUAGAAGACACUUUGAUGAACACUCCAGGUCCCACAAGGACUCCCACAGCCGUCAUAAGAGACACUUUCAAGGGGGUUUUGGAGCUGAUAUCUUUGAGGACUUGUUUGACGACGCAGAUAGAAUGUUUACCUUUGAUAGACACUCCAAACAGACUGAGAACAGGUUUCAUGGCGCAUCAAAACAGCACUGCAGAACGGUGACACAGCGCAGAGGGAACAUGGUCACGACUUACACAGACUGUACUGCAUCUUAAGUUGCAGUGUAUAAUCAUAUCUGAAAGGGGAUUGCCGUAAGAGGAAAAAGUACUGUUGAAUGUGAAAUGGACAUCACUUGGCUUUACUACUACGAAUUUUAAACUGUGACAUUCAGAUCAGACCUUCAGGCAGCAAACGAAUAACAGUGAAUACUCAGUUUACCUAGAUAAGGUUAAAUUCAAUAAGCUAUGUUUUGUUCAAACUAUUCCCUAUCUGUGUGCCCACUGACCCUUAAAUGAUAUUUGUGUUUUUUUUUCUUUUCUUAUUGUUGAUGUAUGCUGACAGGGAGUAUUUUGUCAGUAUUUCAUGCACCUUCCUAUAUGUGGGGCAUGUAAAUCACCCAUAUGUAAAUUCAUCACCAGGUCACCAGGUCACCGCUCCACCUCAGUCUUUUGUACAGUCUUUUGUUCUUUUUGUAUGGAUGUUGUCAUUGCCUCCAAAAGCAGCUUGAGGUAGAAACAACAGCAACCAUUGAAAUUCUUGUUUCUGGUUGACAAAUGGUGAGCAAUUUCAACCAAAGUCUGUUACCCUCCGUACGUUGGCUCGUUAAACUUGAGUUAGCACCACAUCUUUUAUUUAAAUAUUAAUGUACUGUGUGUACAUGAAUCACAUCUGUUGGAAUGCAUAUAGGUUAGCAUCCAUGGUUGCGUCUCAACCUCAGUAAACAAACAAAAUAAAAAACAACCAAACCUGGGAAAGCAGGAAAUAUAAGAAUGAAAGGAGUUAAGAUAGUAUUUGUGGGUCAAACAUUUUCAAAAGUAAUUACAGAGCUGUAAUGAAGCAAAAGUGUAAGUAGACUUCUGAUUAAACUAACCUUUUUUGUGUGUGGUGAAAAGACUUUGAGAUGAAUGAGCUGUCUGUGUCUUCAUAGUGACAUUUAUAAUUAGUGCAAAAAGCCUCAACCAUUUCUCUGUACACAAUUUAGCUUGUAGUGAUAUUAAAAUGUAGUUUUACAUCUGAGUUACAAUGCUCAGUGAGUAAAAACAAGUAUGUGUUUCAUAUUAGGUACACACUAGAGGUUGAAUGAUCAAAUCUGUGAGUCACAAAAUUUUUUGUAUGUAUGUAUGUAUACAAAAUUCAUACUCUCAGUUACCAGUUGAAGGAAUCACUUCACUAUGUUUUCUUUACUUCAUUAUCUGUGUACUAAGAAUCUUUAACUGGUUACAAUGACAUGUUCAGCUUACAAUGUAUUUUGUUAUAUUUAUAGUUUUUAUUAAUACUGUUAUAAACAGUAUAUGGCACUUUCAUUUUUGUGUACAAGAAAAUGUGUUUUUAGAAUUAAAGUGAUAAGACAAACUCCC